CAUUCUCCGAAUCGGAUAAUCCAAGAAACAAAAAUGUCGACCCUUCGUUUCGCCAAAAGGCCGAAACCAACGAGCGGUCAAUCGGGUCGGUUUCCGUCUUCAUUUCCUCGCUCUGUUCGCAGAGCUCCCAGCUUCAAUUGAAUUAUCUUCUUCUUACACCUCGUUGAUUGGGAGAAGAAUUGUAUACAGAUUUCAUUUUCCUGCUCUAUUGCCGACUUCUUUUUUUUUUCAAUUUCACGCGAAGUCGUUGUCGAUGCUUUUGGCGGCGAAGAUGAGAAGAAAUGCUCGCAUCGCUACCAACUGGCUUGCGGCGUCCGGAAAAUUAAAUUUCCUCUCGGUGGGCUCUGAAAAUGCAUCUUACUCCAUGAUCGGUAAAAUUAAUAGUCAUAGAAUAUUCGGGGAUCGACUGGAGGCCUCUAGGAUGUAUGCUACUUCUUGUGCUAAGUUGUCGGAUGAAACCCAAAAAGAAAAUUCCGAUUCCAAUAUGUUGGUUGAUUCAUUUGGAAGGCUGCACACUUACUUAAGGAUCUCCUUGACAGAACGCUGCAACCUGCGAUGUCAGUACUGUAUGCCUGCAGAGGGUGUAGACCUGACUUCCAGCCCCAAACUUCUUACCCGGAAUGAAAUUCUUCGAUUGGCUAACCUUUUUGUGAGCUCUGGAGUGAAUAAAAUUCGCUUGACUGGUGGGGAGCCUACCAUUAGGAAAGAUAUUGAGGACAUAUGUUUAGAACUGUCUAAUUUAAAAGGUUUGAAGACUCUGGCUAUGACCACCAAUGGAAUUGUCCUUGCAAGAAAACUCCCGAAGCUGAAAGAAUGUGGGCUUACUUCUAUUAAUAUUAGUUUGGAUACAUUGGUUCCAGAAAAGUUUGAAUUCAUGACACGGCGCAAGGGGCACGAAAAGGUUAUGGAAUCAAUCAAUGCUGCAAUAGACCUCGGUUACAACCCUGUUAAAGUGAACUGUGUUAUAAUGCGUGGCUUCAAUGAUGAUGAAAUAUGCAAUUUUGUUGAGUUGACUCGUGAGAAACCAAUUAAUAUUCGAUUCAUUGAGUUUAUGCCUUUUGACGGAAAUGUUUGGAAUGUCAAGAAACUGGUACCCUAUUCAGAAAUUUUUCAAACAGUGACUAAACACUAUACAGGCCUGACACGACUAGGAGAUCACCUUACAGAGACAGCAAAGAAUUUCAGGAUAGAUGGGCAUCAGGGUACAGUUUCUUUUAUCACGUCAAUGACUGAGCAUUUUUGUGCUGGUUGCAAUAGACUGCGACUCCUAGCAAAUGGAAACUUCAAAGUCUGCUUAUUUGGUCCAUCAGAGGUUAGCUUGAGAGAUCCACUUCGUCAGGGUGCUGAUGAUAACGAACUACGAGAAAUAAUUGGUGCAGCGGUAAGAAGGAAGAAAGCAUCACAUGCUGGAAUGUUUGACAUUGCAAAGACUGCAAAUAGACCCAUGAUACACAUCGGUGGCUAGGCUAAGCUUGGUAAUUCCUUUCCCAAGACCUUUUCCCUUUCCAAACAUGUCCUAGAGAUCUGUGUACGGGCCUUGAGGUGGGUGCAGGUGCCCGGGUAUAGGACCCAAAAAAAAUGUCUUAGAGACAAUCAUAUCUCUUGACUUGCAAAUCUAAACUGCUUCAGGUUUCAUUUUUGUCCAAGUAUCUUAACUGGAGUAGAGAAUUGUUGGUAUACAUGGAAACUGUAGAAACCACAGUCAAAACUGUACUGAUACUAUGAACAAGCCUGGUAAGUGAAAAACUCAUACAAAAAACCCAUACCCUGUUCUGAUUUACUGCUGUAAAAAAAAAAAAGCUAUCUCUCCCUUGCUGUUUCCUGUGCAACUUCUGUACCAUUCUGCCGGUUGUAAGUUAAAUGUCAAUACAGAAUGAUUAGUUUUGAUUAUUUUGCGCCAUUAGUUUGGUAGUUGAGCAAAAUGUGAUGUUAUCAUGUUUGUCCUAAUUUCAAAUUCAGCGUUGGAAUGUUUUUGGUUUU